AUGGCAUCGUGCUUUUACUCUCGCACUCAUCGCAAUGCUGAUAUUGACGCCGUAUUGUGUAUUCCAUUCACGGAAGCCUCUUCAGGCUCAAUCACAGAGAUAUUAUACACUAUAAAGUAUCCAGAGUACAAAGAAAAUGGCGACAAAUGGGUGAUUCGACAGACUGGAGUCUACCAGCGAUACGACAGCGCAACAUCGCAGAGUUUGUGUGUGCUUCUCAGUCCAACUCCCCAGUCCAAACUACAAUGCGAAGCAAUGCAAUGGCUGUCGAUGUCAAGUAAUAAAGCAAAGGUAGAUGUCGAUCCAUUUUGGCUUCAUCAGCUGUUGUUCACAGCAUACUUUCCCGCAUGGAGAAUCUACAUCAUGACGAUGGAGAACAAAUUCUUGCCCGUCGCCAAGGAAGCCCUAGUAACUGUCAUUGAAGAGCCCUUGGGACUAGGACAUGAUGCGGUUAUUGCCUUGAACAGCCUAGAAACUCGUUUCCGCCAAGUGCCAGCUCUUCUUUCGUCGGCGAUGGACCUUCUUCAAGACCUAUCGGCACUCAUUGACGCUGAAUCGGAGACAAGCGAGACAAAACAUGUUACUCAGUGUUUGAAGAAUCAUGUUCGAUAUUGCAAGACCUAUUCACAAUCUGCAAACUAUUUACAGCAGCAGGCAAAAAGUGUCGCCAAGUUGCUCUCUGGCAGCUUGUUGGCGCGUGAUCAGCUUUUGGCACAGGAGCAAAACAAAAACAUACUGGAACUAAACAAAUCAGCUGUUUUUAUUACUAGACUCACUUUGUUCUAUCUUCCAACAUCAUUCGUUGCAACAUUUUUUGGCAUGAAUUUCUUCGACAUGGAUAUUGAAACCAGCCGCAUAGUUGGCACAUCCAUGAUAUGGAUUUUUUUCCUGUCUUCACUCGGGCUCACCGCAGUGACUUAUCUUCUUUACUACUGGCUAAUACGUCACGACGGGGCGGCGUUUCAUCUACCAAAGAUGCGCCUGGUCCCAGCUUGGAAAUUCCAUGAUAUCAAAAGACAGAUGAGAUUUGGAACGAAGGAAGCAAGAGAUUUCUAUGAGGGUGAGGCCUAA